GCUAAUAUUCCAAUAAUGAUUGAAAAAAACAUUUUUACCGGAUUUUUUGAAAUUACUCAAACAAAUUUUAUUGAUACUAUUGUAGAAUCUAUUAAUCAUUUUAAACAAUUAUUAAUUGAUGCAGUUAGAUCUGAGUAUCAGGGUCAAGCAAAUGCAACUGAAGGAGAAUAUAAAAUGAUUGCCGAUAAAGCCUUGAGUAUACCCACAAACACUUCAGCAUUGAUGGAAUUGGUAGAUUUUAUUAAGAAAGCUGAAGAAACAUCUUUAAAAAUUUUAGAAAAUAAUUUAAACGAAAUAAUUGCAAAAAUAAUUUUUUUAUCUGAUUUUUGGAUUUUAAAUGAUGCUGAAAUACGGGUUGUAGAUGAAGUGUUCAAAUGGUAUCAUAAGAUGCCAAAAAUUCUGGAAGAAAAUCGUAAUAUAGUAGAAAUGAAAACACAUGAACUUCAAGAAGUACUGAAGAUCCGUUAUCAGAAGUUUCAAGAAGAAUUGGACUCGUAUUCAAAACAAGUUGAGGAAAUUCAAUACUGGGGUGAUGUUGAUGAAGUCUUCAGAUAUCAAAAGAAGGCUCAGAACUUGGAGAACAGAUUAAUUAAUGCGAUGGAGAAGAUUGAAAAGUUUAAUGAAGAGGAGAUAGCUUUUGGAUGGGAAAGAACUCAAUAUCCAAUGAGAAAAACUAUCACAGAUCGAUUGAUGCCCUAUAAAAAAUUUUUUGAUGCAACAUGUGAUUUCUUGGUGAAGUAUGAAAAAUGGAUGGGGUCAUUUAUAGGUUCUUAUGAUCCUGAAACAAUUGAAGAAGACGUUAAUAAUACUUAUCGUACUUUGUAUAAGCUUGAGAAAUCAUUUACUGAAUCAGAUACCAAAUUUUUAGCAUCAAUUAUUUUACAAAAGAUAGAGGAUUUUAAAAAUGAUAUUCCUGUAAUCAUGACCUUGGGUAAUCCUGGCAUGAAACUUAGACAUUGGAAUCAAGUAUCUGCAAUAAUUGGAAUUCCCAUUAAAGUUGAUGGAGAUUUAACUCUAAGCAAAGUUUUGAAAAUGGAACUUGGAGAGUAUAUCAAUCAGUUUGGAGGAAUUGCGGAAGCAGCAAUGAAGGAAAGUAAUUUGGAAAAGGGGUUGACUAAGAUGCAGAAAGAUUGGGAGGAUAUGAGUUUUACUGUCAAUCCUUAUAAGGAUACUGGGUCUUUUGUCAUUGCUAAUGUUGAUGAUAUUCAACUUAUGCUUGAUGAUCAUAUCACUAAAACUACAACAAUGAAAAAUUCAGUAUACAUAAAACCAUUUGAAACUGAAAUAUUAAAAUGGGAGAGUAAAUUAUAUCUACUACAAGAUAUUUUGGAUAUAUGGUUAACUGUUCAAGGAGCUUGGAUGUAUUUGGAGCCAAUAUUUACAUCACCAGAUAUUCAGCUACAAAUUCCAGAAGAAGGGAAACGAUUUAGUGCUGUUGAUAAAACUUGGCGGGAUAUUAUGAAAGCUGUAUCAGCCGAUCCAAAAGUUAUGACUGUCGUGGAAAUUGAUAAAAUGUUAGAAAGAUUGAAAAAGAGUUUGGGAAUGCUUGAUACUGUUCAGAAAGGUCUCAAUGAUUACUUAGAAAAGAAGAGAUUAUUUUUCCCUAGAUUUUUUUUCCUAUCUAAUGAUGAACUUCUUGAAAUUUUAUCUGAAACUAAAAAUCCAACCAGAGUUCAACCGCACUUGAAGAAGUAUUUCGAAGGCAUCGCAUCUCUGUUAUUCGACGAAGAACUUAAGAUUGAAAAGAUAAAGUCAACAGAAGGAGAAAUAGUAGAUUUAGUCGACGUGAUUGCAACGUCUGCUGCUCGAGGACAAGUGGAGAAAUGGUUGUUAGAACUUGAAGAAGACAUGAAGAAAAGCGUACGACAAGUGAUAAAAUUAGCCAUCGCUGAUUAUUUAAAAAAAGAAAGAAUUGUUUGGGUUUUAUUAUGGCCUGGACAAGCAAUUCUUUGUGUAAGUCAAUUGUACUGGACGCAACAGAUCGAAAAAGCGAUGUUUAAUCAUGUUGAUGGUUUGAAGAAAUACUUGGAUCAGUGCCAAAAUGAAUUAAAUGAUAUCAUUCUUAUUAUUAGAGGACACUUAUCUAAACAAAACCGUAUUACUUUAGAAGCUCUGGUAACUUUAGAUGUUCAUGGAAAAGACGUUUUAAUGCAGUUAUGGAAAAAUAAAGUCACUAAAAAUGUAGAUUUUCAAUGGUUAAGUCAACUAAGAUAUUAUUGGCAGGAUCACAAUCUUUUCAUUUACAUGAUAAACUCAAACCUAGUAUACGGCUAUGAAUACUUAGGAAACUCUUCUCGUCUCGUAAUAACUCCAUUGACCGAUCGAUGCUACCGAACUCUAUUUGGAGCCCUCAGUCUUCAUUUAGGAGGUGCUCCGGAGGGUCCAGCUGGAACAGGAAAAACAGAGACAACAAAAGAUUUAGCGAAAGCCGUAGCAAAACAAUGCAUUGUUUUCAAUUGUUCUGAAGGUCUUGAUUACAUUGCUUUAGGCAAAUUCUUCAAAGGUUUAGCAUCUUGUGGAGCUUGGUCAUGCUUUGAUGAGUUCAACCGAAUUGACCUCGAAGUUUUGUCCGUCGUAGCCCAACAAAUUUUAACAAUUCAACGUGGAAUUAAUGCUGGAAUAGAUACACUAGUAUUUGAAGGAACUGAAAUUACUUUAAACCCUACAUGUGCAGUUUUUAUAACAAUGAAUCCAGGAUAUGCUGGAAGAUCUGAAUUACCGGAUAACUUGAAAGCUCUUUUCCGAUCUGUUGCUAUGAUGGUACCAGAUUAUGCUUUGAUUGCUGAAAAUACAUUGUACUCAUUUGGAUUCUACAAUGGACGACCGUUAGCAGUUAAAAUAGUUACAGCUUACAAACUAUGUUCUGAACAAUUAAGCAGUCAAAGUCAUUAUGAUUAUGGAAUGCGUGCCGUGAAGUCAGUUCUAAUAGCAGCAGGCAAUUUAAAAUUAAAAUAUCCUAAUGAGUCAGAAGAUGUGAUAAUAUUAAGAAGCAUCAAAGAUGUUAAUUUACCAAAAUUUUUAACUCAUGACAUUCCUCUGUUUCAAGGAAUUAUUUCAGAUUUAUUUCCAAAUGUCAAACUACCGAAUUCAGACUAUUCUCAGUUGAAUGAUGCCAUUGAAAAUGCUUGUAAUUCAUUGAAUUUGGAAUGUACUUUAGUAUUUCUAGAAAAAGUACAACAGAUUUACGAAAUGAUGAUCGUAAGACAUGGACUUAUGAUCGUUGGACAGCCAUUUGCUGGUAAAACUUCAGCUUACAGAGUUUUAGCUCGGGCUCUUGGGAUUCUUGAAGAAAAAGGUUUGAAUGAGCAUCAAGUUGAAAUAAAAGUCAUCAAUCCAAAAGCCAUCACUUUGGGGCAAUUGUAUGGUAACUUUGACCCGGUAUCUCACGAGUGGACCGAUGGAAUUUUAGCGACAAUGUAUCGACAAUUUGCGACGUCUCCCAACCAAAAUCGAAAAUGGCUUAUAUUUGAUGGUCCUGUUGAUGCGAUAUGGAUUGAAAAUUUGAAUACAGUGUUGGACGAUAAUAAAAAACUCUGUUUGAUGUCGGGAGAAAUUAUUCAGCUAGCUCCGACUACCAAUUUAAUUUUCGAACCAAUGGAUCUUGAAGCAGCAUCUCCAGCUACAGUUUCAAGAUGUGGAAUGAUUUAUAUGGAACCCCAGGCACUAGGCUGGAAGCCAUUACUUCAAUCGUGGAUGAAGACUUUACCUGGAAGUUUAAGUGAACAUGUGAAAAAUCAUUUAAAAAAUUUAUUCUUCAGAUUCUGUACAGCUUUAUUACAUUUGAUACGACAAUGUGGAGUACAGGUUAUAAUUUACAUGUCUGAUGCUAAUUUAAUUUCAUCAACAAUGAACCUCAUGGAUUACUUCAUGGAUGAUUUCAGAGAUGAAUCAAAAAUAAAGAAUAUCUCAGACCUGGAGAUACGUGCUCAAGUAGAAGGUUCUUUCUUCUUCGCCAGUAUUUGGGCAAUGGGUGGAACUCUUACUUCGUUAUACCGUCCAUGGUUUAAUGACCUUUUUAGAGCUUUACUUUCGCACGAACUGCCAACAGCCGUUAAAGAAAGGUUUAAGUUACCUCCAGACAUUAUAAAUCCUCAGAAAGCAUACGUGACAUUGUUACCAACGUUGGGACUCGUGUUCGACUAUAAAUUUAUCAAAGAAGGUAAAGGAAAAUGGAUUUCUUGGUCAGAAGAUCUUUCCAAUUUACCUCCGAUUCCGAAAGACAUUUCCGUUAAUCAAAUCAUCGUCAAUACAACGGAAACUGUAAGAUAUUUCCAUUUAUUUAAACUCUUAGUGAAUUAUCAGAAAUCAGUUUUACUUGUGGGACCCACGGGAACUGGAAAAUCUGUUUAUGUCACAGAAUAUUUGCUCAAGAAAUCAAAUCCGAUUAUUUAUAAACCUCUUUUUCUAACGUUUUCCGCUCAAACUACCGCCAAUCAAGUCCAGGAUAUUAUCAUGAAUAAACUUGAUAAGAGAAAAAAAGGUGUUUAUGGAGCACAGCCAGGAAAACAUUGGAUUAUUUUCGUCGACGAUGUUUCUAUGCCGGUAAAAGAAGAAUUCGGUGCUCAACCGCCUAUCGAACUGCUUCGACAAUGGCUUGAUCAUGGAAUUUGGUAUGAUCGAAAAGAAUUGAUACCAAUUCAAUUAAUAGAUACGCAAUUAAUUUGUGCAAUGAACUCACCUUCAAGUGGUAAAGAUGUUACAGCAAGAUUUAAAAGACAUUUUUUCACCCUUGGAUUUUGUGAAUUCGAAGACAAUACUAUGAUUACGAUUUUUUCUAAAAUUAUGAAUUGGCAUUUGGAGUCUAGAGGGUUUGGAAAUCAGUUUCUUGGUGUUAUUAAUCAAAUUGUUCUAGCUACUUUAGACAUUUAUAAAGAAAGUGUAAAAUUCUUACUACCAAUACCUAAGAAAUCACAUUAUUUGUUUAAUCUUCGUGAUUUUUCCAAAGUUAUUCAAGGAGUUUUAUUGUCACGACCUGAAUCAAUUAAAAGUGUGGGUUCUAUGAAGAGGCUAUGGGUUCAUGAAGUUUUAAGAGUUUUUGGAGAUCGUUUAAUUGAUGUACAUGAUACUGAUUGGUUGAUAGAACAAAUUAGAGGAACACUGUUGAAUCGAAUGGUAGAAAAUAUGGAUGAAUUGUUGAACGACUUGAAAACAUCUUCAGAAGAGAAGUUAACUGAAAGGCACUUGAGAAAUCUAAUCUACUGUGAUUUCCAAAAUCCUCUUAUUGAUAAAAGGUUUUACACUGAAGUGAUAAAUCUAGAUCAUCUCACCCAAAUCGUCGUAGAAUAUUUGAAUGAGUUCAACUCAAUAUCAAAGACUCCAAUGAAUCUUGUUCUCUUCAGGUUUGCAUUGGAGCAUUUAUCAAAAAUCAGUCGGAUUUUAAUGCAACCCCGAAGCCACGCCCUCCUAGUGGGUAUCGGAGGUUCAGGGAGGCAAUCAUUGACUCGGUUAGCUUCUCAUAUUUCUGAUUAUGAACUUUUUCAAGUUCAAAUUACUCAACAAUACGGAGUUAAUGAAUGGCAUGAAGAUCUCAAGAAUAUUGUGAGAAAAACAGCUGCAUCUGAUUUACAUACAACGUUUCUUUUUUCUGAUGUUCAAAUAAAACAAGAGUCUUUUCUUGAAGACAUCAGCAACCUAAUGAACUCUGGAGAGGUUCCGAAUUUAUUUAAAACUGAUGAAAAAGUUGAGAUAUGCGAGAAAAUGAGAAUACUUGAUAGACAAAGAGAAAAAUCAAUGCAGACUGAUGGUAGUCCUGUUGCAUUGUUCAACUUUUUUGUCCAAGUAGUCAGAGAACAACUACACAUUGUCAUGGCAAUGUCGCCUAUGGGAGAUAACUUUAGAAACCGCAUCAGGGAAUUCCCUGCGUUAGUUAAUUGCUGCACCAUUGAUUGGUUUCAACCCUGGCCUAAAGAUGCGCUCUUAGCUGUUGCCACCAAGUAUCUUGGAGACGUUGAACUCCUUGGAGAGGAAUUAAACUCUUGCAUCAAAAUGUGUCAAUACUUUCAUACGUCAACCGAGGAAUUAUCGAAUGAAUUUUUCUUGAGAUCUAGAAGGUAUAAUUAUGUCACUCCAACUUCAUAUUUAGAGUUGAUCAACACUUUCAAAUAUCUUUUGACUCAAAAAAGGUCACAAGUGCUUGAGGGAAAACGCAGAUAUGAAAUAGGGUUGAACAAACUCGAUUCCACUCAUAAACAAGUGGAGAAAAUGCAAAGAACUUUGGUAGCUCUUCAACCGAAAUUAAUUGAAGCGGCUAAAGAUGUUGAAAAGAUGGUAGAAAGUGUGGAGAAGGAGAGUGAAGAAGUUUCUGCUAUUGAGCAAGUUGUCAAAGCUGAUGAAGAAGCAGCUAUGCUUGUAGCAUCAACAGCUGAAGGAAUUCGUCAAGAAUGUAAUACAGAUUUAGAAUCAGUACUUCCAAUUUUAAAUAUGGCAAACUCUGCAUUAAAUACUUUAACUUCUCAAGAUAUUCAAAUAGUAAAAACGAUGAAGAGUCCACCGGCAGGGGUGAAGUUAGUUAUGGAGGCAAUUUGUAUCUUGAAAGAUGUGAAACCAGACCGAGUUCAAGGAGAAGGUGGAAGAAUGAUUGAUGAUUACUGGAAACCAUCUCUUCGUGUUCUCAGUGAUAUAAAAUUUCUUGAAUCUUUAUUACUAUUUGACAAAGAUAAUAUUUCUGAUAAAAUAAUGACAAAAAUUCGAAAAAAUAUCUUGACAAAUCCCGAUUUUGAUCCGGAUAAAAUUAGAAAUGCUUCCACAGCCUGUGAAGGCUUAUGUAAGUGGGUAAUUGCUCUUUCUGAGUAUGAUAAAGUGGCAAAAAUAGUUGAACCGAAAAAAAAUGCAUUGGCUAAAGCUGAAGAGGAAUAUGAUGCAUCAAUGGCAGCUUUAGAAAUAAAACGAAACCAAUUAAAAGAAGUUCAGAGUAAAUUGGAAAGAUUAACCGAUUUAUUAAACAGAAGGAAGGCUGAGUAUCAGGUAAUGAUGGACGAAGUCGAAGAGUGUAAAGUAAAACUUCAACGUGCUGAAGAAUUAAUAGGAGGGUUAGGUGGAGAACAAGUACGAUGGAGUGAGGAAGCACAAGCUCUCGGUGAAAUAUAUUUCCAACUCACUGGAGACAUCUUGAUAUCUUCCGGAAUAGUAGCUUAUCUAGGGGUCUUCCCAAUGCAAUAUCGGCAAGUUCAAGUUGACAAUUGGUUAAAGCUCGCUAGAGGAUUGAAGCUUUUCUGCUCUAAAGACUUUCAGCUUAGUCAAGUCCUUGGAGAUCAAGUUCUCAUUCGAUCCUGGACCAUUUCUGGCCUUCCUAGUGAUCUAUUCUCCAUCGACAAUGGAAUUAUAGUAUCGAAAUCCCAACGCUGGCCACUUUUGAUUGAUCCUCAAGGCCAGGCCAAUAAAUGGCUGAAAAAUAUGGAAAAAGAGAAUGCAAUUCAUGUCAUCAGACUAAAUCAAAGCAAUUACAUCCGUGUAUUGGAAAAUGCUAUUCAAUUUGGACAACCAGUUUUACUAGAGAAUGUUGGGGAAACGUUGGAUGCCGUUCUGGAACCUUUAUUACUAAAACAAAAGUUUAAAUCUUCGGGUGGACUUUGUAUCAAACUUGGUGAUUCAAUUAUAGAAUACAAUGAUCAUUUUAGACUUUAUAUUACUACCAAGUUAAGCAAUCCUCAUUAUUUACCAGAGGUUACAGUAAAAGUAACCCUAGUAAAUUUCAUGAUUACACCCGACGGUUUGGAAGAUCAAUUAUUAGGAAUUGUUGUUGCUAAAGAAAGGCCUGAUUUAGAAGCUGAAAAGAAUCAAUUGAUACUCCAAGGAGCAGCUAAUAAAAAAAUUUUAAAAGAAAUCGAAGAUAAAAUUCUUGAAAUUUUAUCAACUUCAGAAGCCAAUAUUUUAGAUGAUCAAACAGCAAUUUCUGUUUUAAGUUCAUCAAAAACUCUUUCAAAUGAAAUAGAGGCAAAACAAACUACCGCUGAAGUUACUGAAAAAUCUAUAGAUGCUGUUAGAAGUAAAUACACUCCAAUAGCUUCCCAUAGCACAACUUUAUUUUUUACAUUAGUUUCAUUAUCAAAUAUUGAUCCAAUGUAUCAGUAUUCUUUAUUAUGGUUUGUUAAUCUGUUCAAAACAACAAUAGAUAAAACUCCAAUUGUUGAAGACAUUAAUCAACGUCUAAAAGACCUUACUAAUGCUUUUACUUACUCUUUAUACGUCAACAUCUGUCGUUCUCUGUUUGAAAAAGAUAAACUUUUAUUCUCUCUUCUGCUAACAAUUAAUUUAAUGAACAAAAGCAGAGAAAUUUCUAUGAUCCAGUGGAUGUUUUUCCUCACCGGUGGAGUUGGAUUGAAGAAUACUGAUAAAAAACCUGCAGAAUGGAUGUCUUCUAACUCCUGGGAUCAACUUUGCAGGCUUAAUGACAUUCCUGGCUUUACUAAAAUUAAAAAGAGUUUUAUUAAAAAUAUUGAUCAAUGGAAGCUAAUAUUUGAUCAUAAGGAGCCACAGUUUGAAGAAUUUCCUGAACCUUUUAAUAGAUUGAAUUUUUUCGAGAAAAUGUUGAUCUUACGAUGCUUAAGACCUGAUCAAAUAAUUCCAUCAGUUCGGAUUUUGAUAGAAGACAAAUUAGGGAAAAAAUUUAUUGAACCACCCCCGUUUAACCUUUCAUCAUGUUUUGUUGAUUCCUUUUGCUGUAUUCCUAUGAUAUUUAUUUUAACACCUGGGGCGGAUCCUACGGCUCUUUUAUUAAAGUUCGCUGACGAUCAAGGGUUCGGAGCCUCCAGACUCUUUUCUCUAUCACUGGGGCAAGGUCAAGGUACUUUGGCUACCAGUUUGAUUGAUGAAGGAGUUAAGAAUGGAACAUGGGUUGUGUUGCAGAAUUGUCAUCUUGCCAAAAGCUGGAUGCCGGUCCUUGAAAAAAUUUGUGAAGACUUUACCCCUCAAAAUGUUCAUCCAGAUUUCCGAUUGUGGCUUACGAGUUACCCUUCAGAACAUUUUCCUAUAAGCGUUCUUCAAAAUGGAAUUAAGAUAACUAACGAACCACCUAAGGGCUUACGAUCAAAUAUUUUGCGAUCCUUUAAUCAGGAUCCAAUUAGUGACUUAGAAUUUUUCAAUAGUUCAAGACAAAAAGAUGUACUGAAGAGAAUGUUAUUUUCUCUAUGUUUCUUUCAUGCAAUUGUACAAGAAAGAAGAAAAUUCGGCCCAAUUGGUUGGAAUAAUCCAUACGAAUUCAAUGAGACGGACCUGCGAGUUAGUGCACUUCAACUCAAGAUCUUCUUGGAUCAAUACGAGGACGUGCAAUAUGAAGCACUAAAGUACCUUACAGGAGAAUGUAAUUAUGGAGGACGAGUUACAGACGAAUGGGAUCGUCGGACAUUAAAUACUAUUCUUGAAGGAUUUUAUUGCAAAGAGGUCGUAGAAGAUCCAAACUAUUUAUUCGACUCGUCUGGUCAAUAUUACGUUCCAAGAGCAUCAGAUCAUGAUGAGUAUCUAGAAUACGUGAGGAAUUUACCAAUGUAUACAAAACCCUAUGUGUUUGGAAUGAAUGACAAUGCUGAUAUUAUCAAGAAUCAGCAAGAAACAGAGUUAAUGUUGUCAUCUAUCCUAAUAACUCAGGAUACUUCUCAAGAAUCUGAAGGAGAUGGCGAGAGUUCUGAGAAAAUAGUUUUCAACGUUGCAACUGACAUUUUAUUGAAGUUGCCAAAGGAUUUCAACUUGAAUGAAGCCAUAAAGAAAUAUCCUACAACUUACGAACAAAGUAUGAACACGGUUCUUGUUCAAGAAAUGGAAAGAUUCAAUAAACUACUUGAGACAAUACGAAAUAGUCUGCAAACUACUCAGAAAGCAAUUAAAGGUUUGACCGUGAUGAAUUCUGAGUUGGAGGAAAUUUUUUCUUCUAUAAUUACUGGAAAAAUUCCCACCCUCUGGAAGAAAUGCUCGUAUCCAUCAUUAAAACCACUUGGGAGUUAUAUUCAAGAUUUUUUACAGCGAUUAAAGUUUUUCAAGAAAUGGUAUUUAAAUGGCCCACCAACAUCAUUCUGGAUCUCGGGAUUUUUUUUCACUCAAGCAUUUCUCACGGGAGCACGACAAAAUUAUGCUAGAAAAUAUUCCAUUCCAAUUGAUUUGUUGAUAUACGAUUUUAUUCCAUUAAAAGGAGAUAAAUUUUCACUUCCACCUGCUGAUGGAGUUUAUGUUUAUGGCCUAUAUCUAGAUGGUGCAAGGUUCAAUAUGAUAACGAUGAAGCUUGAUGAAUCUUAUCCUAAAGUGCUUUACGAUAUUGUCCCACAUCUCUGGUUGAUGCCAACUAAACGCAAAGCCUUGAUCAAGAAAUCAGUAUACUCAUGUCCAGUUUAUAAAACAAGUGAACGUCGAGGAAUAUUAUCAACAACUGGACAUUCAACAAAUUUUGUAAUUACGAUGACUCUACCAACAGACAAACCAGAACGUCAUUGGAUUCUUCAAGGUGUAGCGAUGCUUUGCCAGCUGUCUGAGUGA